GAACUCCAGGAGCUGGAGAACAGGAUUACUCAGAGCAAGGUCUUCGUGGUGUCGAAGCAAUGGUGCCCUUUCUGCCAGCGUUUGAAGUCUGUGCUGGGCGACAUCGGCGUCGCCGCGGAGGUGCUAGAGCUUGAGGACAUGAACAAGAAGCCGCUGGUUAAAGACGAAGCAGCGGUCCUGGACUACAUGCAACAACGGACUGGCGCGCGCUCCGUGCCGCGGCUUUUUGUAGCCGGCAAAUUCGUCGGUGGUUGCGAUGACGCCGUGACCAUGGCAAGCUCUGGAGAGCUGCAGAAGCGACUGAAAGAGGCUGGGGCCUUGUGA